AUGAUUUUUUUCCUCAGAAUGGCUGCAAAAACCCUGGCACUGUGGAUGCUGCUCGUGGGGACAGUUUUGCUGCCGGGCAGCUGUCAGCACUGGUCGUAUGGACUGAGCCCAGGAGGGAAGAGGGAACUGGACAGCUUUUCUGACACACUGGGCAAUAUAGCUGAAGGUUUUCCACACAUGGACGCACCCUUCAGUGCUUUUGGUUGUACAGAGGAGUCACCUUAUGCCAAAUUUUUUCGAAUGAAAGGACUUCUUGGGAGUGUAACCAACAAGGAAAAUGGACACCAAACGUACAAAAAAUAAUGAAUAUUUGAUUCUACAAUAAAUUAUUAUAUUAGCAUUUCA